AUGGCGGCAUCACACAAGGAUAAAGUGGCAGCCAGUGGUCUCAAAAACGCCAUUACGCGCAGCGACAGUGGCAACAAUGAGAAGGGCAUCGCCGGCUCCAUCUCCAACACCAAUGUUGACAGCGCAAGCAUUCUUGUAGAUCGUGACAAUGCCGACCAACUCAAGCGUCACUUGACAAACCGCCACAUCCAGCUGAUUGCUAUCGGUGGUUCCAUUGGUACGGCCCUGUUCAUCAGCAUCGGCACUGGUCUCGAGCGCGGCGGCCCGGCUAGUCUUUUGAUCGGUUACACUCUCCAUUCAGUCAUGGUUGGACUCGUCAACAACGGAAUGGCCGAGAUGUGUACCUAUAUGCCCGUCACUGGUUCGUUUAUUCGCAUGGCUGGCAAGUGGGUAGACGAGUCAUUCGGCUUCAUGGCUGGGUGGAACUUUUUCCUAUACGAAGCCUUCCUAAUUCCGCUCGAGAUCUCCGCGCUGAAUCUAGUACUUACUUUCUGGCGCGACGACAUAACUGCCGCUGCUGUGUGCGUAGGAUGUAUCGUUCUGUAUGGUGUGCUCAACGACGUCGCCGUCAAGUACUUUGGCGAAGCCGAGUUCUGGUUGGCUAGUGGAAAGCUGUUGCUGAUCGCCAUAGCUUUCUGCUUCACCUUCAUCACUAUGGUCGGCGGAAACCCACAGCGCGAUGCCUACGGCUUUCUCACUUGGCAGAACCCUGGUGCUUUCGCAACAUACAUCAACACCGGCGAUUUGGGGCGAUUUCAAGGCCUGCUAGCCUCUAUCUUCUCUGCCGGUUUCACCGUUGUUGGUCCCGAGUACAUUUCCAUGGUUGCUGGCGAAGCUAUGCGCCCGCGCCUCUAUGUGAGGCAAGGAUUUAAAACUGUCUACUGGCGCUUUCGUGUUUUCUUCAUUGGAAGCGCCAUUGCAAUUGGCAUCAUUAUUCCGUACAACGAUCAGAAGCUCGAGAACGCCGGCACCGGAACUGCAGAAGGCUCGCCAAUAUGGGCAUAA